CAGUUGGGGCGCCGUUGCUAAGUGACGUCAGCACGCAAGGCGACGCGUGAACGGCGCAGCCGGCGGCCAGGAGAAAAGGGGGCCCGCCGCCUCAGCGUUCCGGCCGGUGCAGGUCAAGCAUUUUGCAAGAUGAGUAACAGCCAUCCACUCCGUCCUUACACGGCAGUAGGUGAAAUUGACCACGUUCACAUUCUCUCUGAUCAUGUUGGUGUCCUGAUGAAUGGGGAAGAGUACAGCGAUGUUACCUUCAUUGUGGAAAAGAAACGUUUUCCUGCACAUAGAGUGAUCCUGGCAGCACGGUGCCAGUAUUUCAGAGCACUUUUAUAUGGUGGAAUGCGUGAAUCUCAGCCUGAAGCAGAAAUCCCUCUCCAAGACACUACUGCAGAAGCCUUUACAAUGUUGUUAAAAUAUAUUUACACAGGCCGUGCCACAUUAAGAGAUGAGAAAGAGGAAGUUCUUUUAGAUUUCUUGAGUUUGGCACAUAAAUAUGGUUUCCCAGAACUGGAGGAUUCAACCUCUGAGUAUCUUUGUACCAUCCUUAACAUCCAGAAUGUUUGCAUGACCUACGAUGUUGCUAGCCUCUACUUGCUUCCGAAACUGACAUGUAUGUGCUGCAUGUUUAUGGACAGAAAUGCUCAAGAGGUUCUAUCCAGUGAAGGAUUUUUAUCACUUUCUAAGCCAGCCCUUCUUAGUAUUGUACUGAGGGAUUCAUUUGCAGCCCCUGAGAAGGAUAUUUUCCAAGCCUUGAUGAACUGGUGUAAACAGAACCCCAAGGAAAGUCAUGCAGAAAUUAUGCACGCUGUGCGCCUGCCACUGAUGAGUUUGACAGAGCUUUUAAAUGUUGUACGGCCUUCUGGAUUACUAUCACCUGAUGCAAUUCUGGAUGCUAUUAAAGUUCGAUCGGAAAGUCGAGACAUGGACCUCAACUAUAGGGGCAUGUUAAUACCAGGCGAGAACAUUGCUACCAUGAAAUACGGAGCCCAGGUCGUUAAAGGGGAACUUAAAUCUGCUUUGUUAGACGGAGAUACACAAAACUAUGACUUGGAUCAUGGAUUCUCCCGACAUCCGAUUGAUGAUGACUGUCGUUCUGGUAUUGAAAUUAAAUUGGGUCAGCCAUCUAUAAUCAACCAUAUACGAAUAUUACUAUGGGAUCGUGAUAGCAGGUCUUACUCCUAUUACAUUGAAGUGUCCAUGGAUGAGCUAGACUGGAUUCGUGUGAUCGAUCACUCCAAAUAUCUCUGUCGUUCCUGGCAGAAAUUGUAUUUUCCUGCCCGUGUCUGUAGGUAUAUAAGAAUAGUUGGAACACACAACACAGUAAACAAAGUUUUCCAUAUUGUGGCUUUUGAAUGCAUGUUCACCAACAAAACAUUUACUCUUGAGAAAGGCUUGAUAGAUUUAGAAGAUUGGAGGAUAUGUUUUGUUGAAGAAGGAACAAGGAAAUCUGAUUCUUCAUACAUCUUCCCCACUGAGAAUGUUGCAACAGUUGCAGAUUGUGCCAGUGUGAUUGAGGGUGUAAGUCGAAGUCGCAAUGCCUUGUUGAACGGAGACACAAAGAAUUAUGACUGGGAUUCUGGGUAUACGUGCCAUCAACUUGGCAGCGGUGCUAUCGUAGUGCAGCUGGCACAGCCAUAUAUGAUUGGAUCAAUUCGGUUACUUCUCUGGGAUUGCGAUGACAGAAGCUACAGCUAUUACAUUGAGGUUUCUACAAAUCAGCAGCAAUGGACCAUGGUAGCUGACAGAACAAAAGUUUCCUGCAAAUCAUGGCAAGUAGUAACUUUUGACAGACAAGCAGCAUCUUUUAUCAGAAUUGUUGGAACUCACAACACAGCUAACGAGGUGUUCCAUUGUGUCCAUUUUGAGUGUCCAGCUCAAACUGCUGCCCACAAAGAAGACUCUAGUGAAGAAGAUGUGGGCACAAGCGGACAGCAGCUAUCAUCCCACCCUCUUCGAGCAUCAAGCGCCAGCUCUGGGCACUCUCUUCCAGGAUCCACUUCACACCCGUAACCUCAUAAACCAUGCAAGAUAAUGGACAAGAACUUUUGCAACCCUUGUGCCAUGAUAAAAUUGUUCACCAUCUUCAUACGUAGGCAACUCUUCCUUCUCAGUAUGGAUAAUGGGGACCAUACCUGGCAACAUGAAAUGUUCAUAUGGAAAAGGUUGUCCCAAGACAUAACAGAGCUGCUUCUUAUUUUCCAUUUUAGUAAAGUCAGGAUGUUCUGCCGGGGAAGAAAGUAGGAUUUUGACUUUCGUCAAGUCUUCUGUUUACACCCCUACCUCUUUAACUGAACCAAAUCAGGUAAAGUUGAAGGAAAACGAAAAGCUAAGCCAAAUUGUAAUAUGAAUAUGCCACUUGAACAGUACAGAAGAGUAAUAAUGACAUGUGCCUGCAAAAUACACCUGCUAGGAAAAGUUCUUCUCUGAGAAUGUUUAUAAAAAAUAAGUCUAACGAAAUUAAAUUUUAAUUUAUUUUAAGUCCAUUUUUACUUGUAAAUUGCAAGCCAUUUCAAAACCUAUAUUUAUAUUUAUAUUUCCUUUGGCUGCUUUUUUCCUCCGUUAUUAUUUUUUAGAUUUGGUUUGGUAUAUCAGGUGAAUCCGCUUGACGGAGCUGCUUUAAAAAGCAGACAUGUGAUAAGCUUACUGCCUUACCUUUUUCAAUGAGGAAAACUCCUUCAGAGGGCAGGGCAUAAAAUAAUGCAGUUUAAGAAUGUUGUAUUGAAAUUCUGAGUAUUUAACAUGAUUAACAAGAUCAUCACUUUUUAUUCCUCUAUAAAACUAGUUGUCAGAUUCUUAAGUAGAGAAACAAACAUUGAUCUUAUUAGAAAUCAUUAAAAUGUACAUUAGUUUCUAUAACAAUUGUCAAUAUAGAUGUCUAAACUUUUUUAUUGGAAAGCUGAUUGGCUGACCAACAUUUCAGCUGUGUUUGGUAUGGAUGGGAGUACAGUGCUGGCAAUGUAUAAUAAAGUAUUUGUUUAAAAAUAGAUUAUAGUAUUCCAUUAGGGAUUUAAAAUAAACACUUCUAAGAAGCUUUUCACAUAAUCUCCGUAAAUACAGAUUUGAGUUUUAUAGUUAGAUUUGGUUUGUGUUUUAAGAAAUUUCCAUCCUAGCAGUAGCUAUCCUUGGUAACUCAAUCAGAUUAUGGAUUUGACUAUAUUCUGAAUGUGUGCACAGGCAGCAUUCCCCACAUCAACUUGUUUUGCCUGCUUCUGCGAUUGCCAGAAUAAAGUAGUCUGCAUAUUUAUACAUAGAUACUGAUGCCAUUCUUCCAUCUAAUUAGGAAACAGGAAUAUGUAUCAUGGAAUAUGUGAUUUUGGAGAAAAUGAUUGUCAACUCGUGGUUAUUGUGUUUUCUUUCUUUUUUUAAUUGUGUAAAAUAACUUGGUGCCAAUUGUUUGUUUCAACUAUGCUGUCCUAUAAAUAACUGGUUAAAACUGUUGCACUGAUUGAACUUAAA